GCCUAGCACUCGGCCUAGCAUAAAAUGGGAGGACCUCAAUGCGAAGGAAGCAAUUGGACUCUGCGCGGGCCAUGGCGUUGACAACGGUACUCCUCCUCGCCGUCCUCGGCGCGGGCGCCGUCGUGCAGGGCGCCAGGCUGAACAGGCUGACGGCAAAGUACGGCCUGCUGCCCGACCCGCUGCACCUCAACAGCUUCUUCGACCUGCCGCGCACCACCGAGGACGCCGUCAAGGACAAGUGGGCGCCGGUGGCGGGCGUGCUCGCCGGCAAGGGCGUCAGCGUGUGGUGCCGCGACGGCGACUACCGCGUCUGCCUGCUGUUCGACAAGCUCGGCAGCGUGGCGGGCAUCCAAGUGUCCCACUCCGUGGAGGCCUUGAAGCAGACUGGCGUCCCCCAGGACUUCAGCACCAUCCCCGACUGGACGAGGCAGACCGUGCUGGGCGAGGACGUCUACUCCGCCAUCGCCUACUUCGAAGACCCCAGCGCCCUGCAGCGCGGCGAGGGCCGCACCCUCACCAAGGACACCAACACGGCCGAGGGCAUCUGGAUCGAGCAGUCCGGAGCUGCCCCCCAGAAGAUCGCCUUCGAAGAGAGCGAACUGGCCAGCACCACCGCCUACACCCGCCAGGGCUGCCUCUUCGGCCAGGGGCGCCACUACUUCUACAACCUGACGAAGGAGUCCUCGUGCACCGACCGUCGGCCCUACUACAUGCUGUACGAGGCCAAGACCAAGCAGAUGCUCGGCUUCGGCGUCAUCAUCUUCGGAGAGCCGCCGCAGCGGUCAUUCCCCCACCGGAAGUGGUUCCUCCACGCGCCCUCCUUCGUGGCGCCCUUCGUGACGCCCAACGGCCCCGCCUGCACGCAGCAGUGGAUGCACAAGUACGGCACCACCUCGCUGCACGUGUUCUUCCGCCCCAAGCCCUGGAAGAUCAGCUGCAAGGAGUAACUGGGACUGGACCACCUGGACCUCCGCGGAGCGCCAUUAAACGCAUUUGCAUAAAGCA